AUGGCUAUCAUUCGUGCCACACUUAUCUCCGCCCUCGCCUCCCACAUCCUCACCUGCACCGCCCACAUGCAGAUGUCCUGGCCCUAUCCCCUCCGCAGCUCCCUCAACCCCGCCGUCCCAGAGUCCCUCAAGGACUACGACACGGCGAGUCCCCUCCUCCGAGAUGGCACUGACUUUCUCUGCAAAGGCUACCAGAACAAUGCUACUAAUUCACAGGCAUACGACAUUACAGCAAUUUAUCAGGCCGGGAGCUCCUACAACAUCACCCUUGCUGGUGGCGCAACACACUCAGGAGGCUCCUGCCAGAUAUCUCUCUCGUAUGAUAAUGGAGCAUCCUUCAAAGUCAUCGAGUCCAUUAUCGGCGGUUGCCCUCUGUCUCUGACCUACGACUUUACCGUUCCAGACUUUGCUCCUUCAUCCGACACAGCCCUGCUAUCAUGGUCCUGGUUCAACUUGAUUGGUGAGUCAAACAUGUAUCAGGACUGUGCCCGGGUCCAGGUUGUGGGAGCUCAGAUCCCUGCUGUGCAAAACCGUCGGAGAGCCCUAAGGUACGAGUCGCGGAGACAGACGGCGUUUGACAGCCUCCCGGAUAUGUUCGUCUGUGAUGUUGGGAACGGCUGCAACACCAUCGAGCGCCGCUCACUCGUUUUCCCGGAUGCCGGAGCUUCAGUAUCUUAUGGGACCGAUGCCACCACUCCCGAGCCUGGUCCAGGAUUCACCCUCGCCAAUUCGACUUCCGCCGGUAUCACCAGCAGGGUAACAUCGACCAAUAUUCCGCCGUUCCCACUGUUCAACACGACCUUUACCCAUGGACCUACUGGAACCGGUUCCGCCACCAUGGCCAUUCCCACCAAUUCCACUUCCGCGGUUUUCACCAAUGCUUCCUCGCUGGCCAUUCCAGUUCCUGGGACAGUCACGUCCACAGUCGCUGCCUGA